CAUAACAAGAAGAUUGUUCCGUAGAAACGGAGUUUCUCCUACUUGCUUCCUCACAAAAAGAUAUGUAGAUGAACUACUUAACCAUAAACUUACAAAAAUGGUUCUCUCCGUAGAAGCCGUUCCAGAGUCACGCGGAUGUUGGAUUUCAGUCGAGCAAUGGCUGGGAGGGUUUUGAUUACGUUUUCUUGGUGGUUCUUAGUCGGAAUCCACCUCUUGUUUCAGAUCCGAGCCCGGAUUGCUAACUGGAAGGAGGAUUUAAGGCCAACACACUCAAAAACGAUAGGAUUCCUCGCGAUUUUUACUGUUCAAUUUGAAAUCGAUUUUUGGUUGAAGUUUCAAUCUGAACAACUGUUUCUGCGAUUCAAAGGUGUUGUGCGGUUCUCCUACCUCAGCCGCACCUCUAUUUCUGGAGCGUGGGGAGGUUGGAUAGGCGUAAACUGAUUUCGUCGAUUUUACACUGUUCACCGUCGUUCUUGGCUACGACGCCUCCUCCAAUGUCAGGAAAGAAACAGGGGAAUGCACAACUGCCUAUGGCGAGAGCUACUAGGUCAUCUAGCCAGGUUCACUUUGGCUAGUGAACGCAGUAACUCAGGAACUUACUACAAGUGUGAAACCACCUGGACAAAAGACCGCACCAGGGCCGACUACUGUAGCACCGUCCAGGUUAACUGUGGAUGCUCCUGCCUUGACUACUGCUACUACAAGUGCUAGGAACUCUCCUGGGAAUUUAGUUCCAGCUAGUGGUGUGCGUAAAGCUACUGCCGACACUAAUACUGGGAGUCCAUCUGUGCUGGGAGCAGAAAAGCUGGUGCGGGUAAAACCUUCUGCUGGAGAAAAUCAGAAAGAACAUGUGUUUGCUAUACAAACCUCUUCUCCAGGAGGGACUGGGAAUCCGGUUGAGGGGUUGCUGGAAGCAGAUGUGCUGGAGAUUUUGGGUACUGUUACUGGUGGAAUGCCUUUGGCUAGUGAACGCAGUAACCCCGGGACUACUCUACAGCACGCUAGAACAAUCACAAAACAGAAGGAUUUGGUUGAGAAGCCAUGGACUGCACUCUUUAAAGAUAACUGAGCCCCUUCUAAUGGGAUCAAACUGAAUUUUGUGCCUCCUAAAGGUCGUUUUCCUGGGCAAGCUACUCAUGCCGAAGGUUUUAUCUGAACACUUUACAUUUGAGGAUAAAGAGUUCCUCAAAGUGAUGAUUUGGGUUAAAUUCCCACACUUAUCAAUGAAACUAUGGAAUAAAGAUGCCAUGAGUGAAGUAGCUUCUAUGGUUGGGAUGCCAAUGACUACGGAGUUGAUCACCCAAGAAAGGAGAAAUCAUAGGUUUGCUAGAGUGUUUAUUGAAGUUGAUGUGUCGAAACCGCUCAUACUUUCAUUUCCUAUUCGAGUACCUUCCCGUAAGGUAGUCAACCAAUCGGUGGUAUAUGAAACUUUUACAAAUUUUUGUUUUCAUUGAAAAAAUAUGGGCACAACCCAUUUAUUUGCAUUAGAUGGAUGUGAAGACAACGAGUGAUCUUUAUGUGGAUAAAGUCCUACUUUUGAACGGAUUUGCAACGAGACCAAGGAGAAGGAAACUAAAGAAGUUGAGGCAGGGGGAUUAGAGUUGGAAGAGUUAGUUGAGCCUAGAGGUGGACUCAGGCCGGGCCUAGGCCUGGUCGGGCCGCCGGUUUGUAUCUCAUGGACCCGGGACCGGUCCGAGGGUUGGACGGGUCCGGUUCGGGCCGGGCCACCCGCCCGGAUCACGGGUCAAGCCACCUGCCGGGCCGGGCCGGUUAAAGUAAUUUUUUUUUUAUAAUUUAUACUUUAUAGUUUUAUACAAGUAUUAAAAACAAACUUCAAGUGCAUUUAUUUGAAAUGAAAUAGGAACUACAUUUGAAAAUUAAAACAAAC